AUGGAGGCGGCUCUGGUGAGCGUGGUGACGGGGGCCCUCAAACCCGUCCUGGAGAAGCUGGCUACUCUGCUUGGCGAUAAGUACAAGCGCUUCAAGGGGGUGCGUAAGGAUAUCAAGUCCCUCACUCAUGAACUCACUGCAAUGGACGCAUUUCUCAUGAAGAUGUCCGAGGAGGAGGAUCCUGAUCCGCAGGAUAAAGUUUGGAUCAAUGAGGUGCGAGAGCUGUCCUACGUCAUGGAGGACUGCAUCGACGAUUUCAUGCUAAGUGUCGCUGAAAAGGACACAAAGCCGGAGGGCUUCAUCGAGAAGAUGAAUCACGCACUAGGUAAGUUGGGAAAUAUGAAGGCUCGUCGUCGUAUUGGAAACGAAAUUCAUGAUCUGAAGAAACAGAUCACUGAGGUGGGCGAGAGGAACAUGAGGUACAAGACUCGUGAGGCCUCCUCCAAGACCAUGAAUGCAACCGUUGACCGUAGAGCUCUUGCUGUCUUUGAGGACGCGUCAAAGCUUGUCGGAAUUGAUGAAUCUCGAGCCGAGAUUGUCAAAUUGUUGACUGAAGGUGCGUCAACACGAGAACAAGCGAAGUUGGUAUCCAUUGUAGGACCUGGAGGAAUGGGCAAGACAACUCUUGCAAACCAAGUGUAUCAACAUCUGAAAGAAAAAUUCGAGUGUCGGGCCUUCUUAUCCGUGUCGCGAAAUCCAGAUAAAAUGAAUAUAUUCAGAACCAUUCUCAGUGAAGUUACUGGAACAGAUUAUGCUAAAACUGAAGCAGGUAGCAUAGAACAGCUUGUCAGAAAGAUCACUGAUUUCUUAGCAGGCAAAAGGUAUUUUUUUGUUGUUGAUGAUAUAUGGGAUGUUGAUACAUGGGAUGUUAUUAAGCUUGCAUUCCCCAUGACUAGUUCUGGCAGCAUCAUAAUCACCACUACUCGUAUAAAUGAUGUUGCCAAAUUGUGCCGUUCAUCAUUCAGUGGUGAUAUUUAUGGUAUAAGGCGUCUUAAUGUGGCGCAUUCAAGAGAGUUAUUUCACAGAAGACUAUUCGAUUCCAAUGAAUAUUUCCCUUCACACCUUGAAAAAGUUUCUGAUCUGAUAUUGCAAAAAUGUGAUGGGUUACCACUAGCAAUCAUUACCAUCUCGAGUUUGUUAGCUAAUAAAGAGAGAACAGAGGAUUUAUGGCAUCAAGUGAGAUAUUGAAUUGGUCGUGCACUUGAAAGGAACCAUGGAGUCAAAGUAAUGAUGAAUAUAUUGUCACUUAGUUACUUUGACCUGCCUCCUCAUCUAAAAAGUUGUCUCUUAUAUAUGAGUAUAUUUCCAGAAUAUGC